AUGUGGCCCGCCGGCGGGCACCGGAGGCUUUCUGGUGCCCGCAUGGUCCUUAGGGUCACCGCCUCCCACAGUAGCCGUCCUAGGCACGGCGAGCCCAGGCCAGGAGCUGGACUAAGGAUCCUGCUGGGCGUCAAAAUAGUGGUUGGAUCAGCUGGAAUUACUGGGCCUUCAUCUCUCAACAUUUUGACUUACUUUAUCCAGAGCUUCAGUGGUGCCUCUGGUGGUACUCGUCCUGAUUUGCAGAACUGGACAUUGAGUGUGAUUGAUGAUGACUUCUCCAAGUUGUAUGUGUGUGCCACAGGGACUACUAAAGAUGUAGCAGAAGAAUCCGUAUCAGAUGAUGACAAAAGGAGGAACUAUGGUGGUGUGUAUGUUGGUCUGCCAUCGGACGCAGCUGCCAUGGUUUCCAGUCAGACGAAAGCUGCACCAAAAGAUUUAAUACAACAAAAUGCUGCUGUCACAGACGUACACCACAGAGUUUAGUCACUGACUGGUGCUUCCAAAAUUUUCUGCAAAACAAAAAAAUGAAGAAAAAUAACACUAUUAACCAUAGUGGCUCGUUUGGAACAGUAGUAACUUUGUUGCAUGGCUUUUUAAAAUGGUGUUCUACAUUAGUGGUAUGUUACAAUGUUUUAACCAUCUUUGCUUUUUUUUUUCUAAUUAAGAUUAGAAGGAAAUAAACACAUCAAGAUCCAAACAGC